CUAGCAUUGACCAAGUUGCUUGUCAUCUCUCUAUCCUCAACUGGAUCGUCUCUGGCUCAGGACUUGCUACAGCUCUUCAGUGUGUACAAGCACGGCAGGCCUUGAGCCCUUCAGCAUAUGGUUCUAGUCUCUAGGCGCUUUAGAAGGUCAACGAGUGGCCAAGGACUGUAAAGAGCAGAACAAGCAGCUACUAGGUUCUUACACUUAGCAAGGAUAACAAGUUACAAUAAUGGAACCAGAACAUGUAACGUUUCAGCAAUUAGAAGAAAUUACAGAUGGUUUCUCCGAGGCACGGAAACUUGGUCAAGGCUCGUAUGGAAAGGUUUACAGGGGAGAUUAUAAAAAUGGAGGACAGGUUGCUGUAAAGUUGCUUACUAAUAUGGGGCCGAAAUUUGACAAUAUGCAAUUCCAGGAUGAGUUUGAUAAUCUUAGAAGGCUCAAUCACCCCAAUAUUGUGAAGCUAUAUAGCUACUGCUUUGAAACGCAACAUAAGCAUAUCCAGUAUAACGGAGAAAGUAUUUUUGCUGAAACAAUUAACACAGCGUUAUGCAUGGAGUAUAUGCAGCACGGGAGCCUUGAGAAGUACAUUUCUGGUGAAUCUGAUGGACUUGACUGGCGUACACGUUAUAGUAUUAUUGUGGGUGCCUCUGAGGGUUUAAAAUAUCUUCACGAGGGAUUGGACAAACCCAUAUAUCAUUUGGACAUAAAACCUGACAACAUAUUGCUAGACAAGAACAUGUUACCCAAACUUGCAGAUUUUGGUUUAUCCAAGGUCUUCAAUGAAGAACAAACCCUGGUCUCAGAGUGCCCUAUUGGAACGCCUGGGUACCUGCCACCGGAAUUCAUAGAGCACAAUGUUAUCUCAAAAAUGUUUGACAUAUUUAGCCUGGGUGUUGUAAUGAUCAAGAUAAUCGCGGGGCCCAGUGGACGCACCAAGAGUGCAGAAAUGCCUCGCGACAAUUUUAUUGAUCAAGUUCAUAGGAACUGGAAAAGGAGGUUGCUUACAACUUGGAGCGGUUCUACACUAGAAACAUGUUGCCAGCAAGUAAAGAGAUGCACUGAGAUAGCAUUGGACUGCAUGAAGACUGAUAGGCACAGCAGGCCUACUAUCGGGACUAUCACCGACGAGCUGAUCAAGAUGAUGAGCUACGGCCCAGGGAGCGGGUUCCUGAGCAUCUACAAGCACCUACUUCGGUUUCCCAAGCAGAUAAGCUGUGACCCAGGGGCACAGAGCGGGUUCCUAAGCGUCGACCCACUCCCACUCGAGUCUCCAUUGCAGGGCUUAAUGCCAUGCAAUUCUAGGAUCGCAUGCCCUCUGCACCUAACCAAUAGCACCAACGACCACGUGGCCUUUAUCAUCCACACGGCAGAUUGCUUCAUGGGACCGCUCUGGGGUGUUGUGCCCCCAAAUUCUAAGUACACUCGUGUUCUGACAAUGAGCAAGCCGCUGGCGAGCAUGUACGAACUUCUCUUGACACUCGAGAGCAGCAAAAUGGAUGGUGAGGACAUCAGAAGCCUCGUCGGUCGAGUCUCCGCUGGAUACCGUGAACCGGACUGCUGUUCUGUCUUUGAGAGAGCCAGAGAGAAGGGCCGUGAGGUGCAUCAGGUGAAGGUGACAGCUCGUUAUGAACAACCAGGAGCAGGGGAGGUGACGACGCAGCAGCUAACACUGGAACCCAGAGUCAUGGUUCAACCGGAAAAAACUAAAAUGCCAGCGCAUUCUUUCGAUUUUCAUCCAACAGAACCUUGGAUUUUGGCGGUGGGAAUAUCUCCCCAGUUGUCGUACGAAACACCAAAGGAUUUGCCGCAAUCAUCCUCCAAAACAAAACGAGGAGUACCAUUAAAGCAGUUUGUUCACGUCUGGAACUACGAGACGCAGGCAAGCAGUCUCUUUCAUAAUCUCACUAGUGGCUUGAUUACUCUUCCUAAGAUCUUGCAAGAAUAUUGUAGUGAAUCAGUUCAGAAGGGCCUUUGA